AUGGAAAGGAGUAAUAUGCACGUGGUGUUCAUGGGUGACUUUCCGAUGUUACGGGAAAAAAUAGUGAAGAAGAAAAAUAAUUCAAUUGUUUGGUUUUUUUUUGGAAUUGUUGAUUCUUUGCUAAGAGGCGUUGGUCAGUUAAUACAAGAACCAUUACGAAAUAUUGAAAACGGGCUUACUGUUUACAACCCAGUGCUAGUUGGCGCCAUAACUUACGCGCUGUUUCCAUCAAACUACAACAAUGGCCGCUGGGAUUCAUUUUCCAUUCUUCUAACAUUUAUUGCCGUUAUUGUAAGCGUUUAUUUAACUCGUUCGUUAGCACGUGAGGAUUUUCCAUGCGUGACAAUUCCUUUCAAUGUUAUCGAAGUCAUUCUCUUCGUCAUUUUGAUCACCCAAGGCGCCAUCUUGGUCAAGAAGGACCCCGCAGACACAAUAGUUAAGUACACUAUUGUAGAUAAUUUACUAAACACCACCAAAGAAGAAAUUUAUACAAGAAAUGAAACAAACUUAAACUGGGGACUGGUAUUCCGCGGGACAGUAGUAUCAGCCUCGCAAGUGUAUGGCGUCGAUAAUGUAGCGGCUUCGUCGAUAAUAUACUUGGCUCUGUUGAUUUACUCUCCAGUUAGCGCCAUCUUUUCUGUUUUUGGUUCACUACUUGGUUCGUUGGUCGGUUUAUGGGGUUACAAUAGUUUUCUGACUAGUGCUGCCUUCGGUGGAUUGUACGUAACCUUAAAUCAGCAAACGGUGCCAUUAACCUUAGCAUCAGUAAUUUUUACCGUGGCCGUACAAUAUAUUCUUCAGAAACUGUUUACUCAGUUUGGUCUUCCAGUAUUCACAUUACCGUUCGUUAUAACAUUCGCCGUAUUUUUGGGGGUUAGAAAACCUUCCGGAAUGUUUAUAAAACCAGAAAGCGUGACAUUUCCUGAAGAUCAACGGCGGAACUAUUUAAACAGUGUAGUUUGCAGUUCGAGUCCCGCUCAAAGUAUUUCAGAUUAA